AUGACAAGCAUUAAUAGAACAAACACCAGUAUACAAAAACUACUCAUCAGAACCCAUGACCAAUUGCAAUACCCAACAUUCCCAAACGCAGCUGCAAUCACAAUAAACCAAUUCUACUUUAAUAGAAUUAAAUUUAAACAUAUAAGAUCAUUAGACUUUAUGAGAUAUAAAGCUUUUUUUAGAGCUAAUAGAGAUGUAAAUUUAAUUAGCUUACCAUACAAAAAGAAAAAAGAACAGCUACACAUGUUUGAUUUAGUAGAAUGUGCAUACUCUUUAGAUAAUAUAGAAGCAUUGGAGUAUUUCCUAUCAAUGAAUGUACCAACAUUUUUACCAAACUACACAAUUAAUAAAAAAAGUUUUUCAAUAUCAUCAAUUAAAUCAUUAGAAUUACUUUUAAAAUAUCGAGUAAAUAUCAUAGAACCAUAUAAUAACACAACAGCAGCUUCGUCAUCAUCAUCAUUCAGUUUAAACAAUAGUAAUAAUUAUACAACAACAGUAGCAUUAGCAUUCAGUUUAAAAAAUAGUUAUAGUAAUUGUAAUAACAAUACAACAACAGCAGCACCAGAACCUACAACAUUCAGUUUAAAAAAUAGUAACUAUAAUUUAAAUAGUAGUAUUAAAAACUUAAACAUUGGACCUAAAUCUAAAGAUUUUAGAGAUGUUGUCAAAGCACUUUAA